AUGAGUGGUCCAUACAGAGGUUCCCGAUGGACCUCACAAGACGGUAGGCCGCUAGCCAACGGUCGUUUAGGCGCAGAGCUGUCGCCGCCUCGCGGACUGCACGCUCGUCUUCCAUCGUACGAGGAUCAGCAGGGCCAAGCGGAGCAGUCUCAGUCGCAGCAGGCUCAGGCGCAGCAGCAGGUAUACUGGGAGCAGCAACAGCAACAGCAACAGCAGCAGCAGCAGCAGCAGCAGGGUCAGCAGCAAUGGCACGAGCCGUCGCCGCGAAUGCCGCCAGCGCCGGUGCCGUACGGCCAGCGGCUGCAGCUGCUGCAGCAGCAGCCUCCGCCUCGCUCGGGCCUGAGCGCUCGACCGCGUGCCACCGCCAGUGCGUCGUACGAGCAGCGACCGUCGUUCGAGCAACGGCUGUCGUACGAUCACCGACCGCCGUUCGAUCAUCGUGCGUCGUUUGAUCAACGGCAGUCGUACGAACGAAGGCCGUUAUCCGCAUCUCCCGGUAUCGCCGCGGUUCGCUCGUACAGCACGGACGCUCCUCCUGAUUUCUACAAUCCGCGUCCGCUUUCGGCAGCAGCGGGCGUGCCACGUGGCCGCAGUGUGAGCGACGACGAUGGUUACACCGGAGACGACGCCACGUCAGGUCGAACAAUGGUUGACCGACCCGUGGAAGGCCGACAGACCGGUCCUUCAUCCGGAUAUCCCGCAAACCCUCAUCAGGCCCCUCAACAGGGCCCUUUUCAGGCACCUUAUCAGGCGCCUUAUCAGGUCCCUUAUCAGCCGUCGCAGCCGCAGUACCAUCAUCCGCACCUUAGUCCUCACGGCGGCGAUAUCGCGCUGAAGAAGCCUCUUAGUCCGAGACAGGGGAGGAGCCCUAGAGCGCUUAGCCCGCUCGCAGCUGCCGCGUUCGGCAUGAGAGGGGGCUACGGCGCGCCAGGGAGGGGGAGCGAGGAGUACGCGUACGGGGAAGACGAGGAGGGGGAAGAGGAGGAAGGCCGGGAGCGGAGCUUGCGCGCGGGGAUACUGAGAGGCGCGGCGGCGCUGCGGGAGCGGCAAGCGGGGUCGUCGGACGACGGCGCGAGCACCUCCCCCACGUCGAUUGGCUCCCCCGGGGUUCCGCCCGGCGGCGGAGGAUUAGGCGGCGCAGGCGGAGGAUCUGAGCCCGAGGGAGACGUUUUCCUGGAAUACCUUCGCAAGGCGGGGGAGGGUAGGGCAGCUGCCCAGUAUGACGUGGCAGUGUGCUACGGAGGGGGCUUUGGCGUGAAGCAGGACAAGUCCCUCGCCGCGUACUGGUUCAGAAAGGCGGCGGAGCAGGGACUAGCGCGCGCACAGUACGCUCUGGCGGAGUGCUAUGAAUCAGGCGCGGGGGUGGAGAAGGACGAGGAGGAGGCGUUCCGGUGGUUCUUCCGGGCAGCGAGCUUCGGCAGCGGCAAGUACCUGGUGAAACUCGGGCUGUGCUUUGAGCGGGGGUUUGGCGUGACGGAGUGUCCCGUAGCGGCGCUGUACUGGUAUCACAAAGCGGCCGAGCAGGGGCCGAAAUUUGCCGCGCAGGUGGAGAAGCGCAUGGAGGUGCUGCAGCGGCAGAGGGAGGAGGAGAUCAUGAGUGCGCGCGGGGAGGGCGUGCCUGUGGAGUGUAUUUGUCCGUUGACUGGGAGGAUGAUGGAGGAUCCUGUGGAGCUGCCUGAGACGAACGUGUGCUGUGAACGCGCCCAGGUGAAGACGUUCUGGGACCACUGCGAGCUGCGUUGCCCCGUCACCAACCAGGUGGGUUACUAA